AUGUCUAACCACGACGAUCAGGGCGACGACAAUGAUCACGGGGAUCGGCCAAAGCCAUCUGGCUUUGCCAGCUAUGUUCGAAUCUUCAGCUAUGUCGACCGCAGCAGCUGGGCCCUGUACUCGACAGCCUUCAUCGCCGCCAUUGGGGCUGGCGCGGCACUCCCGCUGAUGAACCUCGUCUUCGGCAGGUUCGUCACGACUUUCAACGGCUUCGCCAGUGGCGGCGUGAGCCCCGACGAUUACAUGGCCGAGGUAUCGAGGCACGCCCUCUACUUCAUCUACCUGUUCAUCGCCAGGUUCCUUCUCAUCUAUACCCACACCGUGCUGGUGUCCAUUGGAGCCAUCCGAGCCACCAAAGCACUGCGCAUGGACUUCCUGCAGAGUCUCCUGCGCCAGGACAUGACCUUCUUCGACUCGGUAGAGGCUGGCUCUCCGUCGGUCAAGGUCACCACCAACGGCAACCUCGUCACCAACGGCAUUUCUGAGCGUCUCACCGUCUUAGUCCAAAGCUGCUCGACGUUUGUGGCAGCCUUCGUCGUCGCCUUCAUCGUCCAGUGGAAGCUUACGCUCAUCACCCUGGGCAUCGUCCCGACCAUCGUCAUCGUCACUGGCAUCUGCAUGACCAUCGAGGUGAAGAGCGAGAACAAGUUGAUGGACAUCUUCUCCCGCGCCAGCCUGGUCGCCGAGGGGGUCUUCUCCAGCAUCACGACCGUCCACGCUUUUUGGCUGCAGCCGACCAUGGCGAGGCGGUACGAAGAGUUCCUCGCCGACCUAGAGCGCGUAGGGAAGAAGAAGUCGCCCAACUACGGCGUGCUCUUUGCGACCCAGUUCUUCUCCGUCUACUCGGGUUAUGGCCUCGCCUUCUGGCAGGGCAUCAGGAUGUUCGCCCGCGGCGAGAUUGACGAGCCGGGUGCCGUUGUCACGUAUGCAUACAUCCCUUUGCCCCCCCCCAUCAUUCCGCGACGCACGCUGAUCCCCCUUCAUCCUCACAGUGUCAUCAUGGCCGUCGUUCUCGCUGCGACAUCCCUGACCCAGAUCGCGCCCCAAAUCAUCACCAUUACAAAGGCCGCCACUGCUGCUGACGAGCUGUUCCGCAUCAUCGAUAAAACCUCCGCCAUCGAUCCACUGUCGUCCGCUGAGCCUGUCCCGGAGAAGUGUGUUGGCGAGCUUGAACUGAAAGCCCUCGAGUUUGCCUACCCCUCUCGCCCCGAUGUCAAAGUUCUCAGUGGCCUGGACCUGAAGAUCCCCGCUGGCAAGACUACGGCACUCGUCGGCGCCAGUGGCUCAGGGAAGAGCACAAUCGUCGGUCUUCUCGAGCGCUGGUACGACCCGGCAGCCGGUCUGAUCCAGUUCGACGGACGAGACAUUCAGAACAUCAACCUGGCCUGGCUGCGGACACAGGUCCGUCUCGUACAGCAGGAACCCGUCCUGUUCAGCGGCACAAUCAUCGACAACGUUGCCUUCGGCCUGGAGGGGACUGCACACGCAAAUGCCUCCCAUGAGGAGAAGCUUGCUCUCCUAAAGGCGGCCUGUCAAGAUGCUAAUGCUCACGACUUCAUCGAGAGGCUUCCUCAACAGUACGCGACCUGGAUCGGCGAACGUGCUCGCACGCUAUCCGGAGGCCAGAAGCAACGCAUCGCCAUCGCCCGAAGCAUCAUUUCUCGCCCGUCGAUCCUGCUGCUCGACGAAGCAACCAGUGCGCUUGAUUCGAAAGCUGAGAAGGCCGUCCAGGACGCGCUGGACAGGAUCUCUGUCGGCAGGACAACCGUCAUCAUCGCGCACAAACUAUCCACGGUGCAGAAAGCGCACAACAUCGCCGUGAUGUCUGCGGGACGGGUCGUCGAGCAGGGAACGCACCAGGACCUCAUCGCCGCUGAUGGCGCCUAUGCGAGCCUCGUCAGGGCGCAAGAUCUGAAAAAGGCAAAAGGCAAGUCGACUGAACGGCCGGAGCCCGAGGGUGAGUGGAUUGAAGAGAAAGAAGGAGCAGAGCCGCCCGCACCACUGUCGCCGCAUCGAUCCAGAAGCAUCGUCGCCGAGUCGGUGGAGGGUAGCGCUCGAGCCCUCGGAAAGGAGACUAUGGGAUACGGCAUCGUCCGCUGCGUAUGGCUGCUCAUACUGGAUCAGCCCGAACUAUGGAGGUUCUACGGGAUAAUCGCCUUCCUUUGUGUCCUCGGAGGCGGAACUUAUCCGGCACAAGCCGUCAUUUUCGCCCAGACGCUCCAAAUCUUCCAGUUGAGCGGCGACGAAGCCAUCCACCUCGGAGACUUCUGGGCGCUCAUGUUCUUCGUCGUUGCCGUCGCCAACUUUGUCGUCUACUUCAUCUUGGGAUGGCUGGCCAACAUCAUCAUCCAGAAGGUCAGUCGAAAAUACCGCCGCGAGCUCUUCAGAAACACCAUGAAGCAGGAUGUUGCCUUCUUCGACCUCCAACAAAACGCUACUGGCGCAAUCUGUGCCCGGCUGCUGACCAACGCCUCAAACCUGAACGACCUCCUUGGCAUCAACUCGGGCCUGAUCCUGAUCAGCUUGGUCACGGUCGUCUCCGUCUCCGUCCUGGGCAUCGUCUACGGCUGGAAGCUCGGCCUCGUCUGCGUCUUUGGUGCCCUCCCCCCGAUUGUGAUGAGCGGCUUUCUACGGAUCCGCCUUGAGGUCAAGCUGGAGGAAGAUACCUCGGAGCGCUUCGCCAGCAGCGCCGCGCUCGCGACGGAAGCCGUCUCUGCCAUCCGCACCGUGGCGUCGCUUACACUAGAGAACAAGAUGCUCGCGCUGUACCGGGAGAGGCUGGAUGUCGUGGCGAAGAAAUCUGCAAAAGCGCUGACGCUCACCAUGCUCUGGUACGCCUUCUCGCAGUCCGUCAACUUCCUCUCCAUGGCUCUCGGCUUCUGGUACGGCGGGUUGCUUGUGUCUACCGGCGAGUACACAAACGUGCAGUUUUUCGUGGUCUUCAUCGCCGUCGUGCUCGGUGGAGAGAACGCGGCCACACUCUUCCAAUACACGAUGAGCAUGACCGGGGCGACGGCCUCGGCCAACUACAUCUUUUGGCUUCGUCGGAGGGUCCCGAGCGUCGAUAACUCGUUCACGGACGACGAGAAUGACACCCAGGGCGAUGCGCCGCAAGACUCCCCCGGAAACGAUGCCAUCGGCGUCCAUUGCCAAGCCCUCGAGUUUGCCUACCCUUCUCGCCCGCAGUCGAAGGUGAUUUCGGGCGUCGACAUCAACAUUCAACCGGCCAGAUUCGUCGCCUUUGUCGGCCCGUCAGGCUGCGGAAAGUCCACCAUGGUCAGCCUCCUCUCUCGCUUCAUAGACCCGACAUCUGGCUCUAUCGCGAUGGAUGGCCGCUCGAUCCACGAGCUGGAACCGCAAGCUCAUCGACGGCGCCUCGCACUGGUCCAGCAAGAACCGGUGCUGUACCAAGGCAGUGUCCGGGAGAACAUCGCCAUGGGCCUGGCAGAGUCCAAGGACGUCACGGAAGCCCAGAUAGAGAAAGCCUGCAGGGACGCCAAUAUCCUCGACUUCGUCUCCUCGCUGCCCGAGGGGCUGGGGACCGAUGUCGGCACCCGCGGGGCCAGGCUCUCCGGCGGCCAGCGGCAGCGCGUGGCCAUCGCCCGGGCGCUGAUCCGGAACCCGAAGGUCCUGCUCCUUGACGAAGCGACAAGCGCGCUGGACACGGAGAGCGAGAGGUUGGUGCAGGCGGCGCUCUACGAGGCUGCCAGGGACGGGAAGAGGACGACCAUCGCGGUUGCGCAUCGGCUGAGCACUGUCAGGGACGCGGACUGCAUCUUCGUCUUCCAGAGCGGGGAGAUCACCGAGAUGGGGAGCCAUGUUGAGCUGAUGGAGAAGAAGGGGGUUUAUUUCGAGAUGUGUAAGGGACAGGUGCUGGACAGAGCUCUCGCCUGA